UUUUGCUCGCUGCUGCUGUGAACAAUGCCUGGUACACAGUAAGUACUCAAUGAAGGUUUAUUGAACAAAUAGUGAACUUCUACUCAUAUCUCAAGACCCAGAGAAAAUGUCCCUAACCCUUGCUCUGGUUGGUGUCCAGAGGAGUCAUCUGGAGUGGUCCUCCCCUCUGGGGACCUCACCUACCCAACCCCUCUGACAUCUGAGAGUCCUCAGACAGCCUUUUUCUGGCCCAGCUGAUAAAAAUAAUACAGCAGACACGAAGUGCUCACUGCAUGGCAGUCAUGGUAUACAAUGCUCCGGACUUUUAUCACAUCACCAAGAAACCAUGAGAUCCCCCUGGAGGAGGUCAUAGUGGCCAUUUUACAGCCAGGGAAACUGAGGCCCAGAGAGGAGGAGGCCCUUGGUAUCUUACUGUGGGGGUUGAUGGAGCCAGUCCUGGAGACCCUGCCCUCCCUGGGUGGCUCAGAACAAACACGCCUAAGUGGGAGGGGCACCUCCAUUAAUCACCCUGAGCUAAUCCCCCCCCACUCAACCCUGAGCAGCUCAGCACAGGCCACAGCAGAUGGGGUGCCGGCCACUGGGGCAGAAGCCCCGUGGACACUAACCAAGGGGCUGCUGUGAAUGGUGAGAGCUGUGUGGGGGCAGAGAUCCCCCCCAAGGGUGGAGGCAUUUGUGGGGUCUUCCUGGAGGGGGGUCCUUCCUUGACACACACACACACAGAGAGACAGGGACAGCAACAGAGCUACAGAGAGGGAAAGAGAAAAUCAGGACAGGAAAUAAGGAGAGAGAAGGAAGAAGAGACACAAAGACCAAGUGGGAGGUCAGAGAGAGCACUUGGGGAAGCAGAGCAAAUGCAGGUCCCUAUGGAGGAAGGAUUUUCCUGUCCUCUCCCAGCUGACAGUCCCUGUGACUGUCUCACUACCAUCUGUCCUGUUGCUGCCUAGCUAGGUAAGAAGCCAUGUUCCUGAGCCCAGGAGAGGGGCCGGCAGCUGAGGGAGGAGGGCUGGGGCCAGGCGACGAGGCCCCCAAGAAGAAGCACCGGAGGAACCGUACCACCUUCACCACCUACCAGCUACAUCAGCUGGAGCGGGCAUUUGAGGCCUCCCACUACCCAGACGUGUACAGCCGUGAGGAGCUGGCAGCCAAGGUGCACCUGCCUGAGGUGCGUGUGCAGGUGUGGUUCCAGAACCGCAGGGCCAAGUGGCGUCGCCAGGAGCGUCUGGAGUCAGGCUCGGGAGCUGUGGCGGCCCCAAGGCUGCCUGAGGCCUCAGCACUGCCAUUUGCUCGGCCCCCAGCCAUGCCACUGCCUCUGGAACCCUGGCUGGGCCCGGGCCCCCCAGCUGUGCCAGGUCUCCCCAGGUUCCUGGGCCCAGGCCCAGGGCUGCAGGCGUCCUUCGGUCCACACACCUUUGGCCCAACCUUCACCGAUGGCUUCACAUUGGAGGAGGCAUCCCUACGGCUGCUAGCCAAGGAGCAUGCGCAGGCUCUAGACAGGGCCUGGCCACCAACCUGAGCCAGGCACUUGCGAGCAACCCUAGGCCUGACCGGAGGGCUGGCACAUACCCUGGUGACAGCAGCCAGAGCUUUGGUCUGGGUGAGGUCAUGGGGCCACUCAGCUGUCAGGCUAGGUCACCGUCAAGACCCAAAACAGGCUGCUGGAGCCCUGCAGUCCAUCCUGGGUAGUGGUUCAGUGAGGCCAUCAGUCUUGAUGACCCUGCCCAUUCACAGCCCCCUGCAGGAGAGCCACGGCCACUCAGAGCCUCCCCGUCCCCAGGUGUGACAAGUAGCAGCAGUAGGGGCUCCUGCUCACCCUGGUACCUCUCUCUGCUCACUCACUGAGCUUCAAGCCAGGGAUGGACAGCAGGUGGCUCCCAGGCAGACAUGGGCUAAUGCAGGGCACGUGCAGCCUGCCCUUGCCCCUUCCUUACUGAACAGCAUCUUGCUCACCUCUCCCAGCCAAAGCAAGGCUGGUGUACACUCCAUCUAUCCCAAUCCCAUCUCCCAGGGCUCACCCAGAUUAAGUCACAGAGGCUGCUGUGGGAUUAGGAACCAGGUGUGACCAGAGUCUGUGGGUGACCCAUGUUAACUCAAAGGGGCCCCACCCCGGGUGGAUAGGUCAGUCAGGGCUAGAGUCAUCCCUAGGGCAGGAGCCACAGGUACCCACACUUGGGUCAAAUCACCAGCUCAACCAUGUGCUUAGGUGGCACCUCAUACAUGAGCCUGGUGGCUCCGCAUCCUCUGUACACUGGCAGCGUGGCCAACCCAGCUACCUACCCUGUAUCACCCUCAACCAGGCCCUGGGAAUAUGGUAGUGAAGGAGAAGAAAAAACAAGAAGGGAAGAUCAGGAGUGUGGCAGGAGCUAUGAUUUUAAUAGGGUGAACAGGUAAUCCUCAAGGAGAAGGUGGCAUUAGAGCAGAGACCUGAAGGAGGUGAGAGAAGAACGACCCAGGUAGACGGCACAGCCCCUACAAAAGGCCCUGGGGUAGGACCAAGCCUAGUGUGGAAGCACAGCAAUGAGGCCCUUGUGGCUAUAGCAGAAGGAAGAGGGGAAGAGAGGAAGGUGGGGAGAGCAGGUGGUACAGUAGCCAUUAUAACUUUGGUUUUUACCCUGAGAGCUGUGUGGAACCACAGGAAGGAGGGAGGGGACAGCAUGGCCUUCAGUGAACAACAGAGAAAAUAUGCUCACACCCUCCGCCUGCCCAGGGCAGGCAAGUAUGUACUAAUCUGCUGCACAGAGUCCCUCUAAGAGGAUGAGUUUCCCUGGGACAGGGCAGAAUUAGUCUUGGAGACUGAAUGUCAUUUUAGUUCUUGGAGACCCAGACUCUUUUCUGAUUCUGAUGGCUUUAGUCAGACCUGAAUCCAUGGCAACCAACAAAGGUUUAGCUAGGACCACCUGACCCUCAAGGUUUCAGUGGGGGACCCCUAGGCAGAGUGAAGGAACUCCAGGAUCCAGGGAGAAAAGCCUACAGAGGACCCAAGGGGAUGACGGCACCUUGGUCUGAGGAGCCAACUCCCUGCAGACCCAACAUCAGGAAGUAUCCACCAUCCAGUCUUACUAGGAGUGGGAGGGAGACACACAGUAACCUCAAGUCCGUUUUCUCCAGAAAAACAAAAA